AGAGCCUCUCUUUGGACGCCAGUUGCUUUUCUCCACCUGUGACUUUCCUUCAAGAAUUGCCAAGCUACCGGUCUAUUGCACGGAAGAGGACAAACCUUGCCCGAGACAAGCAAAGUGGCGCUUUGCUGAAGCCAACAGAUUCUUACUACUCCCAGCUGGAGGGAGGAAUCACUGAAAACUUUGACAACCAAUCCAUUCGGAAGUAUGCACUGAACAUUUCUGAGAAGCGGAGACUAAGGGACAUUCAGGAAACCCAAAUGAAGUAUUUAUCGGAAUGGGACCAGUGGAAACGGUAUAGCAGUAAGUCUUGGAAGAGGUUCAUCGAGAAGGCUCGAGAGACGGCCGCCCACCUGGAGCUGUGGCGGGAGGACAUUCGCAGCAUCGGAGGGAAAUUUGGCACUGGGAUUCAGUCCUAUUUCUCCUUCUUGCGGUUUCUGGUGUUGCUGAAUUCGGUGAUAUUUCUGAUCAUCUUCAUGCUGGUUUUGCUCCCAAUCUUGCUCACCAAGUACAAGGUCACCAACAGCAGCUUUGUCCUCAUUCCAACCAAAGGCAUAGAUAUUCAGUGCACGGUUUACCCAAAAAGUAGCUCCGGACUGGUUUACUUUUACAGUUACAUUGUAGACUUGCUCUCUGGCACUGGUUUCUUGGAGGAGACCUCUCUCUUUUAUGGACAUUACACCAUUGAUGGGGUGAAAUUUCACAGCUUCACCUAUGAUCUGCCCCUGGCUUAUUUAUUAAGCACAAUUGUCUACUUGGCCCUGAGCCUUCUUUGGAUUGUGAAAAGGUCGGUGGAAGGCUUCAAAAUCAACCUGAUCCGAAGCGAGGACCACUUCCAGAGUUACUGCAACAAGAUCUUCGCUGGCUGGGACUUCUGCAUCACCAACCGCAGCAUGGCUGAACUCAAGCACGGCAGCCUGCGUUAUGAGCUGCGAGCAGAUUUGGAGGAAGAAAGAAUACGGCGGAAAAUAGCAGAAAGGACCUCGGAAGAAACCAUCAGGAUUUACUCGCUGAGACUGUUUUUGAACUGCAUUGUCCUGGCAGUGUUAGCGGCUUGCUUCUAUGCCAUCUACAGAGCGACUAUAUUCUCGCAGGAACACAUGAAAAAAGAAAUUGACAAGAUGGUUUUUGGAGAAAAUCUCUUAAUAAUGUACCUGCCCUCCAUUGUGAUCACCCUGGCCAAUUUUAUCACCCCCGUGAUCUUUGCCAGGAUCAUCCAUUACGAGGAUUAUUCCCCAGGCUUUGAGAUCCGGCUGACAAUCCUUAGGUGCGUCUUCAUGCGGUUGGCCACCAUCUGUGUGCUGGUGUUCACCCUGGGCUCCAAGAUAACUUCCUGCGAUAACAACUCGUGUGAGCUCUGCGGCUACAACCAGAAACUCUACCCGUGCUGGGAGACUCAAGUUGGGCAGGAAAUGUACAAGCUGAUGAUCUUUGACCUCAUCAUCACCUUGGCUGUGACCCUGUUUGUGGAUUUUCCUAGAAAGCUCCUGGUGACCUACUGCUCCUCUUCAAAGCUCAUUCAGUGCUGGGGGCAGCAGGAAUUUGCCAUUCCUGAUAACGUUCUGGGGAUUGUUUAUGGGCAAACCAUCUGCUGGAUUGGAGCCUUUUUCUCACCCCUACUCCCUGCAAUUGCAACCUUGAAAUUCAUUGUCAUCUUUUAUGUGAAAGAGAUGAGUCUUCUGUAUACCUGCAGACCCUCCCCGAGGCAGUUCAGAGCAUCCAAUUCUAAUUUCUUCUUCCUGUUGGUGUUGUUAAUUGGGCUGUGUUUGGCAAUCAUACCUUUGACGAUCAGCAUGGCGCGCAUCCCUUCCUCCAAAGCGUGCGGGCCGUUCACCAGUGCCAACACCACCUGGGAGGUCAUCCCCAGGACGGUGAGCACGUUCCCCAGCUCGCUGCAGUCGCUGGUGUACAGCAUCACGUCGGAAGCCUUCGCGGUACCCUUCUUCAUGAUCAUCUGCCUCAUCAUGUUCUACUUCAUUGCCCUCGCCGGAGCCCACAAGCGCGUGGUGGCCCAGCUCCGAGAGCAGCUGUCCCUGGAAAGUCGGGACAAGCGUUACCUAAUUCAGAAGCUGACGGAAGCCCAGAAGGACAUGAGGAGCCGACUGGAAUGACCCAGGGGCCUGCCCAGCCCACCUGGGUUUUGAGCAGGGAAUUUUAAAUUUAUUUUUUUGGAGUUCAGGCUUUUCCUGAAAGUGACCCUCCGUGCAGCUGAGGUGGGCACAUUUACGAAACCCAGCCCUGUUUAGGACUUGAGUGACUUAGAGAAGAGCAGGUUCAAACUCAGCUAUCCUGGACAUCGGCGGUGCCGUGAGGCCUCCACUGGAGAGCAAACUCAGGGAGCUCUUGUAAAGCAGCAGAGGCCAUUUACUGGUCCCAGCGCCUGUCUGAUAUGCCGUGAAGGCCGCUGACCGGGCAUCGGGGCCCUUUCUUUGAACUCAGUUCUAGAGGUUUAGAUGGAGAUGCGAGCCCUCAGACGUGUCCCCAUCUGAAUGGCUGUGUAGACUUCAAAUGAAAUAAGCUUUUUUGUGCGAGGAGAAAUUCUGGAAUCCUGGUGUUUGGAACAGCUCGCCGGGACUUGGAGAACAGAGCUAUGGGAUUUCUGCUCCGCGGCAGCAGCAUAGAGAGAGAAGCCCAUCCGUGUAGUGUGCAGGAGCUGCCCCUGCACGCCAUGGGUGACGCUCGGGGUGAUGGCAGCCUGGGGUCCUGAGCUUGCUGGGCGUCAGGCUGCAGCCUCAUUUUUCAGGGAGAGCUGCUUCCAAGGCCCUGGAAAUGCACAAGCUGUCGGUUUCCUCGUCCGGAGUUCUGAGCAUUGACUUCGUGUCAGAAUUUAACAGCAGAGAUUAUCUCCGUGUUCCAGAUGCCUCACGCCUCCGGCAUGAGGGCUCCAAUCUGGGAGAAACAGUCCACCUGUCAGAGGCAGCCUGGGAUUUACAUCUGCCUCGGAGGCAGACAGGCUGUGGGUUUCAGUAUGGAAGUGCCUGGGGCUGCAGGUUGCAGUCCCGGGCCCAGGCUGGACAAAUGGACCAAGCAAGACUGACUGCUGCUUUCCUGAAUGCACAGGUCCGGAUUAAGGGCUGGUGUGUUUCUGUGUUCUUACAUUUUCUUCAAGUGCACAUGCCUUUAUAAAACAUGCAGGGUGUCCUCAGACUUCCGUUAUGGUAAAAACGGUAUGCAGCAAAUACCUCAUCGUAAGCUCACCCCAAACUGAUAGCUCUGAACCUUUUAAUAUAAGCCUGUCAUCAUUUGAUGCAGUCCGUCUUCAUUUCAGCAUCUCCAGAAUCUUUUUUUGAAGUACUGUAGUUUUGCAGAAGACCAGUUUUCUUUGCUGUCUCUAAAAUAUUUGUAGCCUGAAAUCUGAAGUUGGGUACAGUUUUUACAAAGCUCCCCAACCCCUUUCACCCCAACCCCUUUCACCCAUUCCUUGAGCACGAGAGCAAAGCUAACUUAGCAGCGCUCACACCUUUUUUAUGUUUGUCCCUCUCUAUCUUUGCCAGGCCAUUUUCUUGCUCUUCCACAAAGUUAGCACUGACAUGGGCUACUUCUGUACUUGAAAGACUAAGGACUUUUUCAAGUCCUGUGAUGAUUUAAGAGUUUCUUGGUGUAAUAAUCAGGACCAUGGAAUUCUGAAAGCUCAUACCAUAUUCACUUUAAAAUGCAGGUUCCAAUUUUUUUCACAUAGUUCCUUUAUAUAAAAUGUUCCUGCCUUCAGCAUGUCUGAGGUUUUCUGUGUGUGUGCAUAUGAAAUAGAAAAUAUGAUUUCUUUCCCUGUUAUAAAACUGAUUCUGUACUAACAUGUUAGUUUCUGUUAAAUGCUGCUACUUUGCAUACCUCUUGUUUGAAUGUUUUGUAUGUAUUUUGAUAACUUCAGGUGAUAUCUGCAUAAUUGUUAAAAUGCAGUUCUAACAAAUGUGCAUUAAAACUACUGAUUAAACAGUAUCU